AUGUUUCUGGGACAAUCGUAUUUUGCACCAUCAGCAGUGGCUGGAUCGAUCUUUGGUCUAGCGUUAAUGUUGUUGGUUGAUGGCAUCAUAGUGGCACAGAAGGAAGCGGACUCAGCAAACCAUAUAACUUUUAUGAUGCUUACUCCCGCGUUUUUUUCCAUUGUUGGUUUUAUUCUCAUGAUCUUUACUUCUCCCGUUGAGGUAAAGAACGGCGUUCCAAGGGCUAAAGCGGUUCUUUUUAUCGGAUGGAUUGUGUACUUUGGCUCUGCCGUUGCCGCUCUCGUUCUUUGCAGAUCUAAGUUUACGGGUUUGCAGAGUCGCGAACGGGCAGUACCUGGAGUGGCACUGGUGGGAUUUACAAGUUUAGUGCCACUUUCUGGGUCAAUUAUUUGGUGGGGAAAACAAUCUUCUCUCGAUGACUAUUAG